CCGCCGCCCCGCCUGCGCCACUCCUGCUUCUCCGCUCGACAUGUUUUCCCGGCGUGUUUACCUGCCCCAGACCGUUCCGCUCGACCUGGAUGGUCCUCCUUUUCCCGUGGGCGACUGACCCCCUGGUGUCGGGGCUCCCUUGCUCCUGAAGCCAUCAGCAGUCUUGUGCCACAUGUCACUCGCUGCAGCGCUAUCCAAGUAUGAGGAGCGGGCUUUCGGCGCCGAACCGGGCCUGGCACACGACCUUCGAUACCUCCUACUCGGCACAGACUCGUCGUCGUUCAAGUUCACCACGCGUAGCCACAACGGCGAGGACGGCAGCAGAGUCGGCGGUCUUGGGGUCGAAAUCACUGUGGACGCCGGCUCCGUGCAGCAGAACCAGCUUGGAUACCUCAAGGAGUUUGUGCAGCUGGCGCUUGUUGUGAAACAGCUCUCGCUGGAGACGGCGGCGACGCCGACGGCGUUCCGGCCGUCUCUGCAGGCGUUCUACGCCUGCUUGGGAGAGUCGCUGCUGCGCUUCCAGCAGUUCCUUAACACGCUCUACGGCAGCGGCGAGCGGCAGAGCCUCGUGUCGCUGCGGUACCGCCUCGACGACUGGCUGACCUCGUUCAGACACAUAUACUGGCUGCACCUGAAGGCGAAGACGCUGCCGGCGCACGAGUUCUUGUCCGUGCUGCACCAGCACUCGCUGUUCGGCGACUCCCUCAUCCAGCAGCUCUCCGCGGGGUACUACACCGCGGCGUUCAAACCGUACUUGCGGCUCAUCAACAGCUGGCUGCUCUUGGGCGUCCUCACGGAGACCGAGGCUGUGCGGGAAGACUUCUUCGUCAAGCCGGACGAGACGAGGAAGGACUUCCUCUACUUCUCGGAGCUGGUGCCGUCGUUCCUGCGACAGAAAACAGCCUUUCGCAUCUACCAGGUGGGCAAGUCGAUCAGUUUCCUGAAGCUCUAUCUCGACGACAAGCAGUGGUGCAACGAGUUCUACAACAGCACCAGCAAUGAGGACCUCACAGCCUUGGACGACGCGUUGGUUUUGCGGCUCUACGAGAAAGUCAUUUCCCGCUUGGACCUGUUGCUGCUCGAGUCCUACCAGGCCGAGAUAUCCUACUUGAGGAAGUUUCUCUUGCUCAAACAGGGAGACUUGAUCGAGUCUGUCAUCGACAACGGCUCUGCACUGUUGGGCGAGCCAUCCUCUAGCCUGUCCAGCAACCAGCUGGUCACGCUUCUCCAGGACUCGAUAGAAUCCACCUCGGUCUCGCGGAACACACCCCCAGACGUCUACAACAGGUUGGACGCUCGGCUUUUGAACAUCAACCCGGCGUCCUCUCUUGGCUGGGACUUAUUCACCCUCGACUUCAAGCUAUCGCCGCCAGUGGACCGCCUCAUCUCUUCUACCUAUAAGGAGUAUUUGAAAGUGUUCAACUUCUUGUUCAAGAUAUCCAAGUUGAACUAUCAGUUGUCGAAGUCGUGGAAAAAAUCCCACCUCGUUGACAAUAAGCUUAAAGGCAGCUUUGCUCAUAACUCAUAUUCGACUUCCAAAAAGUGGAACAGGAAGAUGAAAAUCCACCAGCGAAAGUUUGACUUGAUCAGGCACCAGUUCAUCUCCUUCAUCAGCUCUAUCUACUCUUACAUCAGCAACGAAAUCUUAUCCGAAAACUACCACCUUUUCCAGCAGAACUUCAUCCCUAAGACGAACCAAGGUUACCAGUUGAAGAACAACAAGUUGCUUCCGCUCGAUUUGAGCGACAUCCAACUUUUCAACUUGGACGAGCUCAAGUUGAUCCAUGACAGCUACAUUCUCCCGAUUUCUAAGUCGGAGCUUUUUUAUAACUUGAAUGAUGAAAAGGUCCCUCUCAAUAGAAUCCUUUUCCAACUCCUUGUUACCAUCGAGAGGUUUUCGCAUCUUUACACAGAGUUUCAGUCAACUUUGGCAGAUUUGCUAAGAAUCAAACACUUAAUCGCAGUCGAUUCGGCUUCCGAGUUAAACGACUACCAAACUAUGCUCACGGAAAAAAUCAACAAAAUUUCCGAAAAGCUAGGGUCGGAUAUAGUAGACCGUUUUGAGAACGACCUGACACUCUUGAUCAAUCUAUUAAAAUCUUCGAGCGAUCAAAGCCUUAAAUGUUUGGGUCAGAUCCUGGAAAACUAAAACUAGCAGUUGUAUUGCUACCAAUACAUACUUAUAUAACUAAUAAAUCUAAAUACUUUUCUAUAAAUAAAGCGUUCAAUCCCACCCCAUCUUUCCAAACGGCUUCCAAAAAAAUUAAACUUGUUCUUAAAGAUCCUGUUUUUAAAGCCUCAACAAAGCCAAUUAGUCUCUUCUUCAACUUGACUUUAUGUUCUUCACUGACAAUUGCACACCCAAUGACCAAAAAUGCCCAUUUAGCAAUCACUGAAGUUUGACUAUGCAUACUGAUGCGGUCCAGUAUCUUAAACAUAGAAUCCACAAUUUCUUGAACU